AUGCCCCAAACCAAYUCCCACAAUGGCGCCGACAGCAUUGAACAAAAGCUCCUCGGAAUUCUUGCUGCUCAAGAUCUAGGCGAUAUAACGCAGGAGCUGUGCGACUUUUCACUUGAAGAACAGAAUGCCACAGCCGAGGCGCAGGGCAUACAACCAAGUGCCUCCGCAGAUUACAUACCUGUGCUAGGGAAAUCGGUGACAUAUAUAGUCGCUAGCGUAUUGUUCAACGAGAGGGAUGAGGUGCUCAUGAUGCAAGAGGCUAAGCAAUCAUGCGCCGGCAAGUGGUAUCUACCAGCUGGGCGCAUGGAAAAAGGCGAGACCAUUUGCGAGGCAGCUGUGCGUGAGGUUUAUGAGGAAACUGGUCUAAAUGUGGAUAUCACAACUCURCUGGCCAUCGAAGUGGCGGGCGGCUCAUGGUUCCGUUUUGUGCUCACCGGUCGCGUCACAGGCGGCCAGUUGAAGACACCCGCUCAGGCGGAUAACGAGUCAUUACAGGCGAAAUGGAUCGGCAGACUGUCUGAGUUGCCGUUACGCGCUAAUGACAUUCUAAAUUUAAUCGACAUUGGCCGCUCGUAUAACGAACGUAACUCGUCACCGCAGGCGCCAUCCUAUCACCCGGAUGUUUUGCCAACAAAGUACUCUCAUCACAAAAAUUAUUUGCGUGUGGUCGCGGUGAUACGCAAACGUGCCACGAAUUCGUUGAAUGUGCUUGUUAGUGAAAAGAAUGUGCAUCAUUUCCCCACGGUCGAAGUGCAUCCACAGCGCAGUCUUCACUCAACGCUACGCAAAUUUAUGAUCGARCUAUUUGGCGCGGAGUUGCCACAACAUCGGCCACACGGCAUACUCAGCGUCGAACAUUGUCCCUCGCCAAUGCCAUACACGAGCGACGGUAUUUGCCUGAAUGUGUUGGUAGUAUUUCGGCCACCUUUAGAGGAAGUGGCGCUUAUUGGCAAAUGUACAUGGCAUGAGUUGAGUCGUCCGCUCGAGGAGAAAUUGGGGCGCAUACUGUCGAGCAAACAUUCCACAAUCCCUUUGAAUGUCAUACGAUAAACAAAUGUGUGAGCUUGGGGUCUGGAUUCGRGAAGUGCAAGUAAGCAGGAUUCAACAAAGAAUAAAAUAAAUAAAUAAUUAGGUGUAAUAUUUGCGCACAUAAUUAAAGUUAGCUAAAUUACAAACAAACGUGUUUAGUGGAAUCUACGGAGCUGCAGUGCUGCGCUACAACUUAUACUACUUAUUUGCAAUAAUAUUUAUUUUUAAAUAUUUGGAUUUUAUAUACACCAAUCAUUGUUUAUUAAGUUGCUGUUAUACAAAUUUUUAUGUUAUAAAUAAAAAUUUCAUGUUAACUAC